UUCGUCUGGUUGUUCGUUACCACGGGCCAGCAAUACAGCUGGACAUUCUCAGGAAAGGAACUAACGAGAAGCUUUUACCAGUUGAUCUCGUUCCUUGUUUCCAAGUCGGGGAGAGCUGCUAUGUUACCAAGCCUUACACUGAAGGGAGACAUUCUGUGUCUAGUCAUGAGCUUCUGUGGAGGCAGUCUUUUUCAUUACAGGAAAAGCAAGUCCUGGAGUACAUGGACAGAGAUCUUGGCUGUAGGCACGAGCUCCUCCGAAUCGUGAAAACUUUGGUUAAGAGGCAGGCAACAUCUUUACCGCUGGAGUCAUACUACUUGAAGACCGCCUUCAUGCACUAUAUAAAGGGAGGAGGUUUGCAGAACUGGGUCAGUGGAGACGCGCUGGGGAACCAUUUCUCUGGAUUUCUUCGAGCACUACAGAUUUUUCUGGAGCGGAGAAAUCUUCCACACUAUUGGUUAUCUGGUGUGAACCUCCUAGAUGAUAUCAAUCAAGUAGUUACCAGAAAUAUGGCAUAUCGUCUUCAAGCAAUCCUCAAUAGUGAGGUAGAAAUGAAUAAUGUUCUUUCAUAAGAAGACGGAUAGAUCAGUUAAAACACUCCGGAAUCUGCUCAUUAUAUACAUUGUAGUGCGUGUGAUUUUGCUUCAGAUAAUAUACAACUCAUUACUGAGUCAAUGCAGAAAAUCGAUACAUAUAGGACAACAGGACGAUUUCCAUGAUGAAGAAGAACGUUGGUUGGUAAGUUUCUCUCGAAAAAAUCAAACUUGUCUUUUAGUGAGGGAUAAUUCUCGGCUCGUUAAGGCUGUAUUAGUAAAAAAAAUGUUAUGCGUGUUUUCUGGGCCCGUUUCCUAUAUGCCUUGCCAACUAAAAAUAUGGGACCGAUUAGUUUGAUGCAGUUUCCUUUCAAAAAAUUCAACAGAACUUAUGAAGAAUAAAAUUUCAACGACGGAAAUUUACCUGUUUUGAAUAAAACUAGCGUCAUAUCUGUCCACCUAUCG